CGUGUCUGGCGGUUGUCACGGCAACCGUAAACUAGGACGCUAAUAGUUUGUUCAGCAUCCUUCGCGUUUUCGACGCUUCCUUUCAAACUAAAAGUCCAGCGCAGUCUUCUAGAAAGCAGCAGAACCAUGUCGGACAUCGGAUCUGAUGAGUUUGAGGAACAAAGCAAACUCGGGGAAUAUGAAGGGGGCAGAAACGAAGCUGGGGAAAGACACGGAUUCGGGAAAGCUGUUCUUCCCAACGGAGACAUUUAUCAGGGAGAAUAUCAGAACGGGAAAAGGCACGGACAGGGGACAUAUCGCUUCAAGAAUGGGGCGAGAUAUGUGGGGAACUACCACCAAAAUAUGAAACAUGGUCAGGGCAUCUUCUACUAUCCAGAUGGGUCCAAAUAUGAAGGGUCGUGGGUUGAGGACCUGAGACAAGGUCACGGUGUCUACACCUACCCCAACAAAGACACCUAUGAUGGAGAGUGGCUGCGUCAUUUGAGGCACGGACAGGGCGUUUACCACUACCACCAAACACGCUCAAAGUACAAGGGCACAUGGGUGAACGGCAAGAUGGAGUCAGCGGGAGAGUACCUCUAUACUAACCACAGAUACACGGGCAACUUUGUCAACAGCUAUCCGGUUGGGCCGGGGAAGUACGUGUUUGACAGCGGCUGCGAGCAACACGGAGAGUACCAGAAAGAAGAGAAGUCUUUGCAGGACAGAGCUGAGGGUGAGUGGGAUGAGCUGGCCUCUGCCGCUGCCCUCAAGUGGAUGCCCAAGUGUGUCACCGGCCUGACAUCGGGAACUCCUGGGAGAGAGACUUCAGGGGAACUUCAGCAGUGAUGUGCAAGCUCACAGACAGGAUUAUGGGACUGCUGUCUCACAACAGAACCCCACCCACCUGAGAAAUAUUUGCCGAGCCACCA